ACCCCUCUUUCUCUUUCUAGAAAACCAUAACUUUCUCUCUGUAUCUGUAGAUUCCCCUCUUCUCUCUCUGCGGGUUUACGGAGGCCAAUGGCUCCUCACUUCGUGUUUCCGCAAAACCUCAGAGCCCUAGAAGAGGAGCAGGAAGACAAUCGCCUCUACGUCCAGAACGCUACCGACUUCGUUUCGCUCCGCCCUUCUGAACUCGAAGAAUUUGUCAAAGGUGUAUCCUUUGAUCUCUCUGAUAAAGAGCUCUUCUGCAUUGAGGAGCAAGAUGUCUUUGAUCGCGUUUACUCAUUGAUUAAGGGCUUCUCUAGUCUCACCCGAUCAUGCAAGCUCAAUCUUGUAGAGAGUCUUCGAUCCAAUCUCACUGUUCUUCUCCCGAAUGUUGACAUGCUCUCACGUAGUUGCCAAGGCCAGGAUGAUGAUGGUGCUAUGGUUUUGGAUCGGAUCAUGUCGCAUCGUAAUGCUUUUAAGAUAUACACGUUCUUCCUUCUUAGCAUUGUGCUCAUUGAGGAGUCAUAUGUUACUCCCAGUCAAAGUUCAAAGGUGGCAGCAAGUAACAGGAAGAAACAGCCACCUAGCUCAUGGAAUUGGGAGUUGCAGAGGGGUCGGAUACUUAACUUGAUUGCUAAUUCCCUAGAGAUCAACCUUGCAUUGCUCUUUGGGUCAUCAGACUUGGACGAAAAUUAUUUGUCUUUCAUCGUGAAAAAUGCUUUCUCUAUGUUUGAGAAUGCAACACUAAUGAAGGACUCGGAUACAAAAGAUGCCCUUUGUCGCAUCAUUGGGGCUUGUGGUACAAAAUACCACUACACAACACAGGUUUGUGCAUCCAUCAUGCACCUGGUUCACAAAUUUGAUUUUCUUGUUACCCCCAUUGCUGAUGCUGUUACUGGGGCUGAAAAGAAGUAUGCUGAUACAACCCUAGCAGCAACUCUUGUAAGGGAGAUUGGGCGUACCAACACAAAAGCCUAUACUAAGGACACUGUUGGGGCUGAAAAUAUUGGGCGUUUUUUGGUGGACCUUGCUGAUCGGCUGCCAAAGUUUUUCUCCACGAACAUUGGACUGUUGGUCCCACACUUUGGUGGUGAAUCUUACAAGAUAAGGAAUGCUCUUGUUGGAGUUUUGGGGAAGUUGGUUGCAAAGGCAUUUAACGAUGUUGAGGGAGAAGUGAGUUCUAAAUCAGUUCGUCUCCGCACUAAGCAAGCCAUGUUGGAAAUCUUGCUUGAAAGAUGUCGAGAUGUUUCAGCUUAUACUCGGAGUCGAGUCCUUCAAGUUUGGGCUGAGCUUUGUGAAGGGAAUUGUGUUUCAAUUGGAUUGUGGAAUGAGGUCGCAGCAGUUGCUGCUGGGAGGUUAGAGGAUAAGAGUGCGAUUGUUCGAAAAGCUGCAUUAAAUUUACUUAUCAUGAUGUUGCAGCAUAAUCCAUUUGGUCCACAACUUCGAAUAGUUUCAUUUGAAGCAACCUUGGAGCAAUACAAGAAGAAGCUGAGUGAUCUUGAACCAGCAAAAGCAGCAGAAAAUGGUACUGAUGAUUUACAAUCUGAUAAUGAAACCUGUGAUGGAGAUGGUGAGGUUGAUAAUGAAAAUGGUGAAGGGACAGUUAAGGAGCUGCAAGACAGUUUAACUGAUAGUUGUUUGCCUCAAGUAGAAGGAACCUCUAAGAAGGAUAGUUCUGUGCCAGAUCUUGGGAACUUGGAGCAGACCAGGGCCUUGGUUGCAUCUCUUGAGGCUGGCUUGAGGUUUUCUAGGUGCAUAUCUGCCACCAUGCCCACACUUGUUCAGUUGAUGGCCUCAUCUUCUGCAACAGAUGUUGAAAACACAAUUCUAUUAUUGAUGAGAUGCAAACAAUUUCAAAUUGAGGGUGCUGAAGCCUGCCUCCGUAAGAUGUUACCACUGGUUUUUUCCCAGGAUAAAUCCAUCUAUGAAGCUGUUGAAAAUGCCUUUAUCACAAUUUAUGUAAGAAAAAAUCCAAUAGAAACUGCAAAGAAUCUUUUGAAUCUUGCGGUAGAUUCAAAUAUAGGAGAUCUGGCAGCUGUGGAAUUUAUUGUUGGUGCCUUGGUAUCAAAAGGUGAUAUAUCUGCCAGCAUGAUAUCAGCAUUAUGGGAUUUCUUUUGCUUUAAUGUCAGUGGAACCACUGCAGAACAGAGUCGAGGCGCUUUAACCAUUCUUUGUAUGGCGGCUAAAUCAUCCACUGGAAUUCUUGGCUCUCAUCUACAAGAUAUUAUUGACAUUGGUUUUGGUCGGUGGGCUAAAGUGGAACCUUUGCUUGCUAGAACAGCUUGCAUGGCCAUUCAGAGGCUAUCUGAAGAGGACAGGAAAAGGUUGUUACUGACCAAUGGUAGCCGGCUAUUUGGUGUACUAGAAAGCCUAAUUAUUGGUCUCUGUCUUCCAGAUUCCAUAUGGUAUGCUGCUGCUGAUAAAGCGAUAAGUGCCAUAUAUACAAUUCAUCCAAGCCCAGAAAUCUUAGCUGCUGAUAUUGUUAGAAAAUCUCUUAAUUCUGUGUUUGAAUCUGGUGGAGGGGAUGUGUCACAGAAUGAUGUUGACAGCUGGAGCUCGAGCUUUCUUACCAUAGUUCGAGUAGAAAAACUUAGUAGGUAUUUGUUCGUGGUAAGUCAUGUUGCUAUGAACCAGUUGUUGUACAUUGAAUCUUGUAUACGGAAGAUUCAGAAACAAAAAGCUUCGACGGACAAAGUAGCUGCUGAUGACCAAAAUGUUCUUGAUAAUGGGACCACACAUGUUAACCCACCAAAGGAGAAUAAUAUUAAUACCGAGUUAGGUGUUGCUGCCUCUAAAGAUGCCAUACUUGAUUCACUCUCAGAUAGAGCAGAGAAAGAAAUUAUUUCUGGUGGCUCCAGUGAGAAAAAUUUGAUAGGACACUGUGCGACUUUCCUGUCAAAGCUUUGUCGAAAUAUUAGUUUGAUGCAAAAGUAUCCAGAGCUUCAGGCAUCUGCAAUGCUUGCUCUCUGCAGAUUUAUGACUAUUGAUGCAGAUUUUUGUGGAGCAAAUCUUCAGCUUCUCUUUACUGUUGUGGAGAGUGCGCCAUCUGAAGUGGUUCGUUCGAAUUGUACCAUUUCUCUUGGAGAUUUGGCAGUUCGUUUCCCCAAUCUUUUGGAGCCAUGGACUGAGAACAUGUAUUUGCGAUUAAGAGAUCCUUCUGUUUCUGUUAGAAAGAAUGCUGUCCUUGUACUUUCACAUCUGAUAUUAAACGAUAUGAUGAAGGUAAAAGGUUACAUAAAUGAAAUGGCUGUACGAUUAGAAGAUGAGGAUGACAGAAUUUCAAAUCUGGCUAGGCUUUUCUUUCACGAGUUGUCCAAGAAAGGAAGCAAUCCUAUAUAUAAUUUGCUGCCAGAUAUUCUUGGCAAACUAUCAAAUCAAGAUCUAAAGUGGGAUAACUUCUGCAGCAUCAUGCAAUUCUUAAUUGGUUCAAUAAAAAAGGACAAACAAAUGGAGGCUCUUGUUGAAAAGCUGUGCAAUAGGUUUAUUGCAGUCACAGAUAUUAUACAAUGGCAGUAUAUUUCUUACUGCCUCUCCCAGCUGGCAUUUACUGAAAAGGGUAUGAAAAAACUCAUCGAGUCAUUUAAGACAUAUGAACAUGUCCUAAGUGAGGACUCAGUCAUGGAUCAUUUUAGAAACAUAAUUAACAAGAGUAAAAAGUUUGCAAAACCGGACCUUAAAGUGUGUAUUGAGGAGUUUGAGGAAAAGCUUGAUAAGUUCCACAUGGAAAAGAAGGAGCAAGAAGUAACAGCAAAAAAUGCUCAAAUUCAUCAACAGAAGGUUGGUAGCGUUGAAGGUGUGGUAGCUAGAAAUGCUGUAGAAGCUGAUGCAGAAUCUGAUAUUACUGAAGAUGAAACAGAUGAUGAAGAGGCUGGUCCUUCCAUGGAAAACAUGAGUCAGUCAACAAAUGAUGUGUCAAAAUCUAAACCUGAGGAGUCAGAUGAAUGUUCUGGUGUUUCAAGUGAGGUGGCAGAACCAGGUGACAUGGAAGUUCAGUCUCCAAAAGUUCAUAUGAAAGUUACAGGGGCAUCCAAAUCCAGAGUUAAGAAAAGCAGCACAAAAAAUCAAAUGAGUGGUGGCAUUUCAGCAUCCACUACUACUAGUAGAUAUACCAAGUCAAGGAAAAGGUAGGUUCCUAGCUACUUUGAUAUAUUUGUGUCCGCGUGUGGAGUUUUUUUAGUUGUAUUAUCAGUUACAAGUUCUGUAACAUAUGAAUGCUGUAUCAUACAUACUUGCCUUUCUGGAUGUAAAGAAGGCAUAUGAUAUUUUGUAACACUUGAUGUAAUAUAUUAGUAUGUGUUCUUUUUCAAUUGUGAAGUUGAUGGCGAAGCUACA